GUCUCCUGUCGCUCCUUUAGCCGCUUGAGUGGAGGGGCGGGCAGGGAGGCGUGCCUGUGCACCAUGAGAGGAACAACGUGAGGUUAAGGAGGAAGGACAUGUCAGAUAUGUUGGUUCAGAGAGAGUUGCUGGAAUGAUCUCUUGAUGGUCCUGUCCAUUAAAAUGUUUCCUAUGGACUUGUAGUUCAGCUGCACUCUGCUAGAGGUGGACUUACGAUGUAGAAUGACUCAGAAACCAGUCCUCUUCCAUGUGCCUUACAAAUCCCAAUUGACGCUAGUUGAUCCAUAUCAACACGUUCUCCUGAUCUUUGCUGUCUCCAUCAACCAGUGGAGGGUGAUGAGGUUGGUGGGGAGCCUGCAGCUUGUUCUGCUUUUGGCCUUCACAUCCACAGCCACAAGCCUUAACAUCCCUCUGGAAGUGGAGCAGCCACCAACCAUAAUUAAUAGCACAUCUGGUCCCAUUAUUGCACUUCCUUUUGAUAAGGCCAUUACCAUCCAGUGUGAAGCCAAGGGCAACCCACCACCAGAUUACAGAUGGAUAAAAGAUGGCAAAGACUUCAUCCCUCCCCACGCCACGACAAACAAUCAUCAGCACACAGCUGGUAGCUUUGCGCUUCACAACAAGCAACUUGUUGAGUUUCGUGGUAAAUACCAAUGCUUUGCUUCUAACAAGUUGGGAACUGCCAUGACGGAGGAGAUUGAACUAAGAGUUCCCAAUGCCCCCAAGUUUCCAAAGGAGGUCAAUUUCCCCCAUGUUGUUAAGGAGGGAGAACCAAUCACCCUGGAGUGUAACCCUCCUGAAGGCGUAGCCCCACGUCAGAUCUACUGGAUGUCUAUUGGUCUCGAGCACAUUGAGCAGGAUGAGAGGGUUUCUGUGGGCAAUGACGGCAACCUGUACUUCGCUAAUGCCUUACUGAAAGACAGUCGUCAGGACUACUGUUGCUUUGCCUCCUUCUCCAAAAUACGCACCAUCGUCCAGAAAACCGCUAUGACUGUCGUUGUCAAUAGCUUGAAACCUGGCAAUGAAUCUGCUGACAGCGGGGAAGCUACAGCUGAACCCCCCCCUGUGAGGAUACCCGGCCUGCUGCUGCCCUCUGGUGUUCAGACCGAGAAGGUGCUGCUGAGGGGAGAGAACCUGAAGCUGGAGUGUAUACCUCAUGGAUAUCCGACCCCGAAGGUAACAUGGAUGAAAAUGGGAGACAAGCUGCCUCAACGGACAAAAAUGAACAAACAUGGAAAGCUGUUGUCCAUUUCUGCUGUAGAUGAGAGUGAUGCUGGGAAAUACAUGUGUAAAGUCCAGAACUCUGCAGGAGAGGUUGUCCACUACUUUGAUGUAAUAGUGGAAGAGCCUCCAAAGUGGCUGUCAGAGCCUCCUCAGAGCCAGCUGACCGUGAUUGGGACUGAUGUUCACAUCAAGUGCUCUGUCACUGGAAAACCACCGCCAGACAUUACAUGGAGGAGGAAUGGGAGAAUAUUCAAAGAUGACCCAGUGAGUAACAGGAGAGUGCUCGAUGACACUGUGGUGCUUCACAACGCCAAAACAGAGGACAGCGCAGUCUACCAGUGUGAGGCCUCGAACAGUCACGGCAGUGUUCUGGCCAACAUUAACAUCAUGGUCAUGAAUAUGGCUCCUUGGAUACUGACAAGAGACUACCAAGAGUACGCUGUAGUAGUGGGAGGGGACAUCCUCCUGAACUGCAGUGUUUUCAGCUCUCCGCCAUCCAAAAUCUCCUGGUCCAGAGAUGACACACCGGAAACCAUUGAUGGGAUACGUUUUUUCCCUCUAAGCGAAUCUUUGCAAAUCAUCAGUGCAUACAAAAACGACAGUGGGAGAUACGUGUGUGUUGCCUCUAACAGCGAGGGCAAGUCUGCUAUCACUGCUGUGCUGGAUGUGAAAGACCCUACACAAAUAGUAUAUCCACCUCAGGAUAUGCAGGUCAUCACUGGCACCACAACCCAGCUGAUGUGCCAGGUAGAGUAUGAUAAAAGCCUGCAGAGCACCUUUGAGGUGGUAUGGAGGAAGGACGGAGCGGAGAUCACACCUAUCUCUGAGGAAACUUCAAGAUACUUUGUGGACGAUGGCAUGCUGCAGAUCAUGAGUGUGAACCUGAGCGAUCAGGGAGCAUACACGUGCAUUGCCAGAACCAGCCUAGAUGAGGACAAUGCCACUGCACUGCUCACCGUGCUGGAUGUUCCAGAUGCUCCAAAAAUUCUAGGGAUCUCAGAACUUCAAAGUCAGAGAAAUAUUAGCCUGUCUUGGAUACCUGGGAGUGAUCACAACAGCUCUGUGAUAGAGUUUAUAGUGGAGUACGAGAGCCAAUGGGAGCCUGGAAGGUGGCGGGAGCUACAGAAAGUCCCCGGUAACCAGGCAACAGUGGACCUGGCACUAUAUGGUAACCUUAACUACCAGUUCAGAGUGUAUGCUGUUAAUGCUGUUGGACCUGGACCCCCCAGUGAGCCCACUGACAGAUACAAAACACCCCCUGCUGUUCCUGAUAAAAACCCAGAAAACAUCAAAAUUCAAGGCCAUUCUCCUCAUCAGAUGGACAUUAGCUGGGAGCCGCUCUUGCCAAUUGAACACAAUGGCCCAGGCCUCGAGUACAGGGUGCGCUACAGAAAACAGGGGGUGGGAGAUGAAUGGAAGUUGCAUAUGGUCAACAGACACUCCUUUGUUGUGAGGAACACGUCCACGUUUGUCCCCUACGAGAUUGAAAUUCAGAGCAGGAACAGCCAUGGCUGGGGACCAGACCCUAAAAUCGCUACUGGUUACUCUGGAGAAGAUGUCCCGACUGCAGCACCACGGGAUAUAGCGGUGGAGGUGAUCAACACCACUGUUUUGAGAGUUAGCUGGACCCCCGCUCCCACUGAAACAGUGAGAGGUCAUCUAGGGGGCUACCAUGUUCACUGGGUGAGGAAACGAAGUUUGCUGAAUCCGAACAAGAUUUUAGAUGAACGCCAGUCCCUGUCUUUUCCUGGCAAGAGGACUCAUGCCAUCGUGCCGAGUCUUGAGCCUUUCUCCGAGUACAGACUCACUGUCAAUGUUUUCAACAAAAAGGGCAAUGGGCCCAACAGUGACCAGGUCACAUUCAACACUCCAGAGGGAGCUCCUGCACAAGUGCCCAUCCUGACUGCCUCCAACGCCCAGUUAGAUUCCAUUCUGCUGGUAUGGGGCCCGCCACUGGAGGCAAACGGCAUCCUUACUGGUUAUCUCCUGCAACACCACCUCAUUAAUGACACCACACUGGAGGUGGUGAAUUCCCAUGAGACCAACAUCACUGGGGCUGACACCACCCAGUGGCAGCUCCAUGGCUUAGAGAAGGGAAGCCUCUACCGCUUCCACCUCAGUGCCUGCACUGCAGCCGGCUGUGGCCCCCCGCUGACCCAUGAGAGCAGCACUGUAGCCCAAGCAUAUUUGUCCCCGACUCCAGCUGUGGCCCCUGUUCAGAGCAGCCACAACUGCUCUCUCUCUUUUCCCAGCUCUACCCCAGGCAAUUCCACUCAUCCUCCUUUAGUGCCAGCCCUGUUGAACGUAAGCUCUUAUGUGAGUGACACCUUUGCCAAAAUCAGCUGGACUGCCAUAGAAGAGCAGCAGGACUCGGAGCUUUAUGUGGCUUAUAUGAAUAACAGUGAUGGUUUCUGGCGGAUUUCAGAGGCUGUAAACGCUUCUCAAAGUUUCCACGUUAUUGAUGGGCUCAAACCUGGGACGGUGUACACUGUGCGCCUCAUGUCCAAGAGGCUACUCGAUAACGCUAGCAUUUUUGAAGAUGUUAUCCAAACUCGAUUACAAGACAGAGGUGCUGUAGGUGAGAAUAGCAGAUUUUCCACCCAGGGUUUGUUCAUCGGGACCAUGUGUGCUGUGGCGCUCCUCACCCUUGUGGUACUGGUGGCCUGCUUUGUGCGACGGAACAGAGGUGGCAAGUAUGCAGGUACGCCGCCUCCGACCCAGAGAAAAGAAAUGUUCUCCAUGGAAAAAGUGAAAGAGAAGGAGGACCUCCACCCGGACGUGGAGUCACAAGGAUUGAAUCCGGACAGCUUUGGUGACUACAGUGACAGCGAAGAGAAGCCACUGAAGGGCAGUAGCGUGUGUUCCCUGAAUGAUGCGAUGGGGGACGGCAUCAGCAGAGACAGCAUGGUUGACUACGCUGACGGCGGAGGAGAAUUCAACGAGGACGGUUCAUUUAUCGGGGAAUAUUCCGAUCGCAGGCACGGAGGCUCUGUUAGCGAGCCCAGUGGACCCAGACCAGUCACUGCAUAAAGCCAGGCUCCAGAUGCAACGGUCUACUUCAAAUCCUUUCAAGAUACUUUUCAAAUUCAGCUUCCCUGGCAUCAAAUAUGGCUAGAGUAUUCAAAUACGGGGGAAUAAAAAUGACGCAAAUGUGCAGAAGUUUGGCUCAGGGACUGGAAAAGGAAAAAUACACCCACCAUACACAUCAAAUCAUGAGUUGUUGUACAUACUAUAAGAGAAUGAACUGUAUCUUUUGAGUUUUUCAAGAUUUUAUUAAAGUGUUUUUUGUACCUAUCA